AUGUCAGCCAACUUGGAUCCUAUGGUUUAUCCGCUACUUUUUCCAAGAGGUGAUGCUGGUUGGCAUAAUCAAUUGGUGCAUAACCCUGAGCGUGCCACACUGGUUAUUGAGUUUCAAAGGCGUGGUUUGCCGCAUGCCCACAUUUUACUUCAUUUAGCAAAUGAUGAUAAACUUGAAACAUCACAGGAUAUCGAUAAUUUGAUUUGUGCAGAAAUUCCAGAUCCGAUAGUUAAUUGUGAACUUUAUGAUAUUAUCAAAACUUGCAUGAUUCACGGCCCAUGUGGGAUACUGAAUCCAAAUUCUCCCUGCAUGAAAGAUGGGGUGUGCAGCAUAAAAUAUCCUAAAGAUUUUAAUGCCAACACAGUAGCUGUUCACAAUGGUUAUCCGCGCUAUAGGCGUCGUGAUAAAGGGUUGGUUAUCAAUAUUAAAGGCAACAAUGUAGAUAACCGUUGGGUGGUACCUUAUAAUCCUUGGUUAUCAAAGAAAUAUCAAGCCUACAUUAAUGUUGAAGCUUGCAUGUCUGUAAAGGCUGUUAAAUAUUUGUAUAAAUACAUAUACAAAGGCCAUGAUUGUGCAAAUGUUUUGAUAAAUGAACAGGUUAAUCACGAUGAAAUAAACACUUUCUUAGAUUGUCGUUAUGUUAGUGCACCUGAGGCACUGAGGCGAAUAUUUGAGUAUCCCAUAAGUCAUAUGUCACACUCUAUUAUCAGUCUUAAGGUUCAUCUUCCUGAGAAUAAGAUUGUGUAUUUUAGAGAAGGAGAAGAACAAGUGGCGUUAGAUCGUGCUGCUCAUCGUGAUACACACCUUACGGCCUGGUUUAAAUUGAAUUCUGAAAAUGAAGCAGCCAAUCGCUAUUCAUAUGUUGACAUUCCAUAUCACUUUGUAUUUGAUGAUAAACAUUCAAAAGGAGCAAAAUCUUGGGAGGAUUUGCGUACUGUUAAUGGAAUAGUUCUUGAAACCUUUCGUGGAGCGUGUGUUUUUAAUGGUUUGUUGCAAGAUGACACUGAAUGGCAGAAUACUCUUUCUGAGCCAGUUUUAACGCAAAUGCCUAAGCAAAUCAGGCAGCUGUUUUCAAUUAUUUUAACCUUUUGUGAACCUGAUGACCCUUUGCAUCUUUGGAAUUCAUACAAAGCCUUUAUGAUGGAGGAUUUCAUUCAUCGCCAAGUUCCAUUUAUAUUAGCUGAACAAGCUACUCUUCUUCAAAUCAAAAAGAUUAUUAAUCAAAGUGGUAAAACGCUAUCUGAUUAUAAUUAA